CUUCCGGUUCUAUUAUAUUCUAACGUGUCGACAACGAAGUUUAAGAUCUGAAUCAGUCUAAAGUUAGAUCAUUUCGUAGUCUCCGUGGACUGAGUACACACCGUAGUUUUUUCUUCUGUUUGUUUUUGUCUACUUAACUAAAUCAUUUACUUCAACUUUCUCUAAACUUACCAAUCCAAGUGAUAUUAACAAAAAAAUUAACUAACGGAUUUUUUGUUAAUUUAAUUUAAAAAUGGGUAGCGUUGAUAGUCCAUACAGCUGGGAUAAUCGUGUCGGUUUUGUUGUCAGAAUCUUAUAUGAUAUUGACAACAAUGGAAUCUUAAAUCAACAUGAUUUUGAGUGUAUGGCUUUGAAGAUGACAAUUAUCCAAGGGAAAGGAGAAUUCAGCAAUAAUCUCUAUCAAGAGAAUCUUCACAUCAUGUUAUCACUGUGGGAGGAAAUAGCACAGUUAGCAGAUUUUAACAAGGAUGGAGUAGUAACGGUUGACGAGUUUAAACAAGCAGUUCAAAAGACCUGUGUUGGACGUCCUUAUCGUGAUUUUCCUCAAGCUAUGAAAUUAUUUAUAGACAGCCAUUUCAAGUUGGUGGAUAUAAACAACGAUGGAGUAGUAGCUAUCGAAGAGUACCGGUACAACUGCAUUAAUCGACUUCCCAUUGAUACCAUUGAUACAUUAGAUGAAGGUUAUCAAAAUCUCCUUACGGAUGAAGAUAGAAAACGAGGUGGCAUCACGUUAUCACGUUUCCAGGAACUAUAUGCUCAAUUUUUAGGUAACCCUGACGAAAAUUGUGGUGCAGCUCAUCUGUUUGGACCUUUACACUCAUUAUGUUAACAAAAAUUACUGAUUUAUGUAAAAUAGAUAGAUCAUGUUUAUAUUUACACUUGUGCAUUGAAAACAAGACUACACGUACAAAGUCAAGACACAAGUUACGAUGUCAGCAGUGAUUCAGUAUUUAUUUAAAACUCAGGAUUCAGUAAGUUUAUUAAUAAAGAUUUAUUUAUUGAACACUCACAAAA